AAUUAAGUUGGAAUUGUGUACUUUAGCCUCACAUCGUGUCAAUAACAGACGUUUGUUGCCAGUGAACAAAUGGAUGGACAGGUGGACUACAAUAACCUGCCACCCAUGGGAGAAGAUGCUGUGGAUGGAGACGAGAGCGACCCUGAGGAGGUGGCUGGUGCUGAAGGUGGAACCGCUCAAGAGUCCUCGUUUGGCGCGGAUGACGGUUUGGAGCAGCCGGACGGACAGAGGAACUCUCUGAGCUUGGAUGACGAUGGAGGCACUCACUUUGAAGCUUCGAACUCCCAGGAGACCGUGAUCCGACGAGGGGGGCCGGUCCACGACAACAGCGCGGCCAGCAGCCCCACCCAACAGGACGUCUCCAAUGAUAACGAUGUGGUGUUUAAUCCCGCUCAGAGACUUAAUUUUGAAGAUGAUGAUGACGAUGAUGAUGAGGAUGAGCACUAUGAUGAUGAAGUGCCAGAGAAUUCUUCCUUAGAGAAUGAUAACUCAGGUGACGGAGAGUUUCUCACUCACCGACCGGUGGUCAAUGGCUCGGAUGUGGCAGAGGGGGGUGCUUAUGGUGGGGCAUCGUCAAACUCUGCCUCUGACCAGGGUCAAAACAUUCGCAUUAUUGAAGGUCACGACUCGUCAUUGAUAGACGAUGGUAGUUUGUCGUUUGGAGGUUUCAACUUUCUGCAGACUCAGAUGGUUCAGAUGCCGCUAAUCUCCCCUGUCCAUUCCGGCCUCGGUCACAGCAGAAUGGAUGAUCCCGGGCACAAUUUGUACGACAGUUUGGAGAGAGUUGAUGGUGCAAGCCUUUUUGGAGAUAACCAUGAGAAUGUUCUAGAGAAUAACACGUCCGAGUAUUUCAGUGCGGGUAGCGUGUCGUUAAUGGCCGCCAACUCUCAAGGGCCUGACACAGACUCUGUUUGGGCUCAGGAUGACAAUUCUGAUCAUGGAAGCUAUCUGUCACAUUCCCAGCCACAGUUUCACAGUCAUGCCGGCAAUGCGGAGAACCAUCCGAGCCGGCACCAGAGUCCUCCCCGAAACUUUCAAGUGGACAACUCCAACAUGUACCUGGCGAGAAAACGGGGCAGUGGUAGCAACUACGCAUUGGAGGGCAACAUGGGAGGGUUUGGGGAUGUGAGUAACAGUGUGGAGGACAAUUCGGAUGUUCUUAGCUUGGAGCUGAGCGAAGAAGGAUUACUGCAUAAUACCCAGAUGUACGCCCAGCCUGUGCCUUCUGCCGGGCAUGUGGCGACGGGAGACAAUAUGGCUACCAGCCGGGGUGACAACAUGUUGCUUUACCAACCCCAGCAUUUACCAGAAGAGAUGGGCGGCCUACGAGCGGCCAAUAGUGGUCAGGCGGGGUACGACGGAGCUUCGGGAAAAGUUGGCAAUCAUCAGACGCAGCCGAAGAACUUGGCUCGGAAUCAAAGUCAGUCUAACUCGGAGCCUCUUCACGGUUCUCACACAGAAGGCGAUGGUCUGGAUUCACACUCGGACGAAAGACAAGCAGGGGCAGGGAGUAGCUCGUCGGCCAGCGAUCAAAAUCAGUCAGCAGGAGACAGCAGCGGCCAUCAGCCGGUCGCCGCCAUGAGGAAGUCUGCCUCUGGCAAAGUUCACUCUCGGCGGCCAGCCGUGCAGGGAUCUGCUUCUUCAGGCAAUAGCAAGAGAUCCUCGUCUAUGAAUCCAAGGCCUGGCGUGAACAAUCCGUCUGCUUCCGCUGCCCAGACACGGAAAGCGCCACCUCCGUCUUCGGCCAGAGACACAGGCACAGGUGACGUUGCUAUGAGGGGGAAUGGCGGAGCCAGGAAGAAGACCCCAAACGAGGGGAAUAAAUCCAGCGCUGGGCUGUCUUCAUCAGCGUCGGGCCUUGGCCAAGCUCGGCACACGCAAGGUCAAGCUGCUGGUCUGUCACCUUUGACUUCGCGCGCCAGCUCCCAUACGUCUCUGGCGUCCAACGCUAGCAGUACGAACAGCCGGGUCAGCGGGGUGGGGAAGGAGUCGCACCAUCAACAACAGCAUCAACAGCAGCAGCACCAUCCACAGCAACAGCUGAACCCUCGCGGAGCGUCAUCUCAGGCUGCGGGAGGGACAGACGUCCACCACCAUCUUGCCCAGAAGCUGCAGGAGACGGACGUGCACCACCACCUUCCAGCCACCCACCAUCAUCCCCCUCCUCCUCUUCCCCAGGCCUCGGGAGCGGGCGUUGCAGGCCUUUCUGGCACCAAUCCCCACCAGUCGCAGUCGUUUGAAAGGCUUCGGCCAAAUGUCGCCGCCGCCCCACCUCAGCACAUGCUUCGUGGGUCCCAGUCCCUGAGCAAGGCUCAUGCCACCACUUCAGCAGGCCACUCACAACAUCAGAACACAUCUGGAUUCACUCUUGAGAAAAAUGAACCCCAGCUCCCACAGUCAGGCGGGCAGGUCCGAGGUGCUUUUCAGUUGCAUCCGGCGUCUUUGUCGUCGCAGGAAGCUAGUCAUCCACAACAACAACAGCUCAUGCAUCCCCAUAGGUUCAUGCAACAGCAACAACAACAACAACAACUGUUCAGUGGGCUCCCUACUGGUCAAGAGAGGAGCCAAGUGGUUCUCCCGAUGCAUCCUGGGUACAGCCAAGGCAUGAGUCCAUCGGGCUCGGAGGGAAGUCACCACAGCUUCAACCGAGAGAUGGUCGUCACGCAGAUGGACGCGCUGAGGCGGCAGGGGCACAGACUGUCUCCUAAUGAGGUGUCGAGCCAAAGAGCUCAGCUGGACAAUGACUUGCAGGGAAUGGAGGAAGUCAGGAGUCAUCUACAGAACAUGUUACGCAUUGGCACUGAUGUUUCUGUUGAUGCUAGCACCUUUGACCAGUCAGGCACAGCCACUGACUUGCUCCUGUCCGACCAGCCAGUCAACAGACAGUUACAUUUUGAAACAGAUUCCAGCUCUUACCUGGGAAACAGUCAACACGAGGACAUGUCGGACAUUUUGGAAAACUUCCCGACGUUCUCGUCCAAGAUGUUCUCUGACAUGUCAGCCGUGUCGUCUCGCAACGAUGCUGUGGUUCACGGGGAGGUUCAGUACUUGCGGGAGUCUUUGGAGAAAGAGCGAUACAGGAGAAAGCAUUGUGAGGAACACAUUCAGAAGCUGAACACUAAGCUCCUGGAGAUCCAACAGCAGCUGGCAGUGGCUGUGUCUACGGAUAAACGCAAGGACAUCAUGAUAGAGCAGCUAGACAAGCAAUUGGCGAAGGUGGUAGAGGGCUGGAAAAAGAGAGAGUGUGAAAAGGAUGAAUUCAUGAAAGUUCUGAGUCAGGAGAAGGAGCAGAUUGAGGAAACUCUUCAGAAACAGCAGAAGAUGGUCAACAACUUUGAGCAAGAUCUGGCCCAGACAGUGGAAGAGUUGAGGGUGGAAAAAGAGCAGUCAGCAGAGACAAUCAACAGUUUGAAAGAGGAGCUGAUCGAGUCGAGACAGCGGAAGGAAGAAGCUGACGCAGCCCUGGAGUCAGAGCGGGAGAAAUUCUCCAAGAUGUCGUCAGAGUGGGAAGAGCUGAGAGAGUCGCGGGAGCUGGCUGAGGGCAAGGCACAGCAGGCUCAGGAGAAACUUGUGCAGGAGCAAGACAGUUGGCAGACGAAGGAGAAAGAGCUGACGGCCAAAAUAUUGGAGGUGAAAGAGGCAAACCAGAAAGUGAUCAACAUGGAGAAGGUGAAACUGGAGGAGCAGAAGAAGAAACGCGAGGAGGUGGAGGCCCAGUCAGAGGAGCUCAAGACGGAGCUCAAGCGAGCUGUGCUGGACAUGGAGCAGCUGGUCCGAGAGAAGGAGAGUCAGAAGGUUGAGAUGGCCAUCAUGGAGGCCAAGUUUGAGAGCACACAGAGGAAGCUGGAGACUGAUCUCCACGCCCAGAUGGAGAAGGAGAUUGCUGACCAAGCAUCUGAGUUUCACGGCCGAAUGGAAUCAACAAUGGAGGAAAUGUCAGAGCGACACAGGAAGCAGGUGGCAGAGAUUCACGUCAGACACCAGAAGGACACGGAGAGACAAAUGGUGGCUCUGAACGAGGACAGGGAGAAAAAGGAAGAAGAAUAUCGCAGACAGAUCACAGAUUUGGAAGAGAAACUUCAAGACAUGCGCUCAGAAAAUUCUUCCCUGAAGCAGUCCAAGUUGAAGCUGGAGUCUCAGAGGAUGGAAAUCCUCACCAAGCUGCAGUUCAUGAUGCAGUCCCAGUGGAACGAGGCCGUCUCUCUCCUUGUCAGCACGCCACAGAAAAAGAACCUCAACAGUUCCUUCAUGUCCAGCCAGAGCGGAGGUCAACUUGCGUCUGCGAUGGCGGUAACCGAUGGCAACACUUCCGUGACCAGCCUCAACCUGGUCUCCUCGGGCAUGCACCCCACGGCGGGCCAUCCAGCUCGUAGCUUGGCCCAGCUGGAGGACACCGGUGGGUCAAGGACACUUCAUUCUUCGACGUCAUCACCUCCGCGGGCCGGUGGUGGUGGUGGUGGGAGUAGAGAGAUGGGCCGAGGAGGAGAUGGGAAAGACAGAGGGGAGGAGGAUCGGAUGGACAGAGUGGAGGAGUACUUACACAGUCUGGGAGACUCGCGGCACACGACAAAUGGAUCACUUCCUCAACCUCAAGGUCAGCAGCGGUCAUCGCCGCUUCGUCAAGGUCUUCAAGGGUCGUCGUACGAGGGAGAGUCGGAGGCCUCACAGACGUCAAGUGACGCUCACUCCAAGGUGCUGAACAAAGACAUUCCCAGUGAGCAGACUCAGGUCCACGGGUACAUCAGCGGUCAGAACGGUGGGACGCUGAUCACAGCAGCGGGGGCGGGUCACGAGGGUCACAGUGGGUCAGGGUCAGGGUCGUCGGCAGAGUUGCUGCUGUCUCAGCUGACCCACCAGGCCGUGGCGAUGAGAUCUCCUCAGCAGUCCUCCUCCAGACACUCAGCGGGAAACAUCAACAUCUACAGCCCGGAAAGUCCCACCCUGACCUCCAGUCCAGCCGCGAUGACCACAACUGGGCAGUGGUCACCCCGCAGCCCAGGGCAGCAGGUCAAACGGUUCCAGGCGGGUGGCGGCCAUUCCGGGGUCAAUGUGAUGACCUCAUCGUUGCUGCUAGCCCCGGCCAGCAGAGCUACGAACAGAAACGUCGCUCUUGUGCCCGAGUCCCCGGUCAAAAGACACCGGGGGAGGUCGCUGUCCGGCCCAGGGAGUGUGGGGAGUGCAGACGGCAUGAAUGAGAGUUUAUCUCCCCCUGUCAAGCAGACGGCUGAGCGAGAUCACGGGGACGACUACAGCGACAGCAGCGGAGGUUUUCACGACUCCAACAGGUUACUGGCAAACUACAGUCAGUUGUCGGACAGAGUGCAGGCCCAUGAGAAUCGACAAGGUGAUCUCCAGCACUACGUGAGAAUGCUGUUGUCCAAAGCCCCCGGGAGUGUGUGCAGCGAGCCGGAGAGGGACGUGCACUCUGAGCAGGACAUCCUCGAGUCCUCCCGGGACCUCACAGACCAACUGGCAUGCCUGGGCCAGAAGGCGCGCUCUGAAGUGGACCUAGAUCUGAAUGACACAGCCCAAGCCUUUGAGCUGACGGCACAGUUGAACAGACUUCAGCAUCUCCGAGAGCGACAGGGGAUGCAAAGACGCGCGUACCCCGGCCUCAACAUGGACAACUCUGAGCAGCCCAGUGCCAGCCAAUCGGGUGAGGCUCUGUCUGGCCACCUGUCCGACUUCAUGAGCGACAACGGGGUCAUCAGCACCCAGGGCCUCUCGGAGAUCUCACACCUGCUGGCCGUCUACAGGGAUCAAUGGGAGACAAAUCCGGACCAGGCGGGCCAGGAGAACGUGGCGGGUCAGCUGAUGGAUGCCCUCAAGGGCAUGGCUUCCAGCAUGAGCAAAACGGGUGAAACGUCAAAACAAGAUGAACGGAAAGUUCCAAUGUCCAAAAGUUCGCCCAAAUCUCACCCAAUGCGAAAACCAAAAGAAAUCUCAAAGGUGCGGAAAGUCAGGAACACCUCACAGUCGGCAGACACGAGUGUGACGGGAGACAGUGCUGGCUCUGACAAGUCUAUGGGUAGCAGCCGACCGCCAGGCCCCGCCAUGGCUUCGUCGAGAAAAGUCCCGCAGCCACAAGAAACGACUAACACCACCGGCGUCACUGCCGCCAGCCGAGAGAGGAAGGUCGCCGGGGGCCGGCAGCCUAAGAGUGGUGGUGGGGGGCCAGUCUGGAAGUGAACAUUUUGAGGGGGAGAGGAUGUCUCCAGUGGAUGGAGGGGAGGGGAAGAGUAUUUCUUUUGUGGAUGGAGGGGGGGGGGAGAGGAGAGAUAUUCUUGGAGUGGUGAUGGACCUCCCCGCUUGGAGGUAAAUGGGGGGGGGGAAUUAUUCCAUCUAUGGAUGGAAAGAGGGGAGAUAAAGGAGAGAAUAUAUCUUCAGUGGAUGGAAAGAGGAGAGAGGAGGGGCCAAAUAUACCUCCUACGUUGUGAAAACAUUUGUCUGUGAUUCAAAAGUGUUGUUGAAAAAUAGUACUUAAAAAUUAUAAGAAAAGAUGUGAUAUUUUAGAAUACCACUGAGCAGUGAAGCUGAGUUGGCCACUGUAUGUGUGUGCACAGAUUUUCUUAAUUGACUUCUUGUAAAGAGAAACAGGUGGCUUUGGAUAUGGGAUUUUGCAUUCCUUAGAAUGACUUGAUUUUUCCGCCCCAAAGAGUUUUUUAUUUGUUUUCUUUUCGUGCCAGGGUUCCCCCAGAAGCUGGAUGAGAAGCCUGCCUCCUAAAUGAUCUAAAUUGUGUCGAUGGGGGUGUAAAAGCACCCACAUUUAAGAACUAACUGUUUAUGCUCUCCCAGUGGGCGUGUGAUUAAUCGGAUACUGUGGAGAAAUAUUUCCUAGAUCUGGCAGACAAUCAAAAUGUGUGUUUACUUUGACAACCGAGGUUUGAACUGUGUAAGUUUGUGUGUUGGUCAGUUUUCAUCAGUUGCCUAUUAUUACAUUUUUAAAAAUUCAAUUUUUAGAAAUUUAGUUUUCUAAACAAAAUUAUACCGUGAAUUUGGUACAAGUGACUGGUACACUUGGGGUUUUUAGGCUGUUGGGAUAUGGUUUUCGCUGGGUGGUACAUCAUCGUAUACUGGUAAACAUUGAGUCUCUGAUGAUCACAGAUUGAAAUGGAAUGUGUUCCUGCGGGCCUACUUCAUUUUUAUCUAUUUUUGCGUUUUUCUGGGGCAAAGAAAGCCUGGCAAUUUUGUUGUCUAUACUGCGCCAGGUUGCCGGAGCGGAUAAUUUUCACCGUCGCAGCGCAGCGCAUUAUUGCGCCGAGUGACCGCAAAGUGUUAAUAAUGAUCAUGAUAAUGGCAAUAAUGCAGAUCAUAUCUUAGAGCCUGUACAAACGAAUCGACUGUUUGGUGUAAGACUGCUGUAUGUCAUUUUGAAAAGUGACGUAUGACAGAGUAUUAGCUCGAGAGGCCGACAGGUAGGAAACUAGGACAGCUCAUUCCGAUGUUUCUUCCUUCUAUUUACUGGGAAAAUAAACACUGUUGAAAUUCUCGAACAAAUAAUCUUAUUCAGAAUAACAAAAAAAAUGUGUAGGUGGAAGACUCAAGAUCAACCUUUUUGUUUUUUCUGUACUUUAUAUACCCUCUCUCUUGGCUGCCUGACAUUUCACAUUUUAGUGUUGAGUUGGAACUUUUUUUAAAGUGAAAAUGAAAAAAAAAAGCAACUCUGAUAGUGGUAUUAAUUUCUUUUUUUUUUUUUUUUUUUUUAAAGAAACUAUUUGGGCCUUCCCCCCCUCCCCCAUUUCAUCAAGUUGUGGUGUCAAGUCAGCGUAAUGUGAAACUGUUCUGCCUUAGAUGUCCCUUUGAAAAACUCUGUGAUAGACGUGCGGGAAUUGUUUUGGCACGUGUAGUUUUCUUCUGUGCUUUAGCUUGUGACUUGUUUCAUCUUCGCUUCCUCACCUCUUUGUGGGUUGUGGAUAGAUGCUGUGGUAUGGUUUGCUCCUUCUUUAUCAAUCUUCUAUAGUCCUCUUUGUAUGUUGCUCUCUAGAAACACAGCCUCUAAUCUUUGGCAUUUGUAUGACCUAUUUCUGUUGCAAAUGCCGUAAAACUUUUACUGUAAGUAUCCUGGCCUCUCCUGUGGAGUUCUGGUUUUUUUGGUGUUUUUUUUGUGUGUUGUCAUGUUUAUGCUCAUGGAUAUGUCUUGUUUUGUGUUGUGUGUUGUGAUGUGAGCACUAUGUCUGUCAUUUUAAAAGUUUUUGUUUAGUGUGUGAUGUUUUUAACACUGCCCGUAAGUGCAGUUUUGUUAAGUGUUCUUUGAACAGUGUGCCUAAGUGUGUAGUUUUAUCUGCGCCCCCUCCCCUUCCCCCUCCCACCUCCCGCAACUGUGUAGGGUUGUGUUCUGUGAUGUGAGCCAGUAGUGCGGCUCAAAGAGUUGUGAAUAAAACUGUGACUUGUUCUAGAAUGUUCUGAUCACUGCCAUACACAGCAGAAAGACCAUUUCCUCAGUUAGCUGUUCAGUUGUACUAAGCCCGAAAUUUUGAUUUUUUUUUUCAUUGAUGGGAAUAUGCUGCUGAUAUUUCUAUCUUGGAAUGAGGGCCUUUCGUACUUGGCUUAACAUUGAAAUUUCUCAUUUGGUGGUAUAGAGAUUGAGAAAAAAGAUUCAACACUCACAUUUUUUACCGUCCUUACCCGUCAGAGGCAAGUAAUGGUCGCAAAAUGACGAAAAUUCAUCAAUUGAGAAGUUUAUUGCUCAAUUAAUUGUACACAAUCUUCUUCAAAUUUUGUGAGGAUAUAAAACAACUAAGAUCUAAAUCCCUACAACAAGGAUUUUCAAUUAAAGCAAUUUCAAAGAUGUUACGGCUUCUACACUUUACUGUACACACAGUAAUGACAGUUUAAGGGGGUAAGGCUGUUAAAAAACAGUUUUCUUAAAAAAGUUCUUUACAAGUCAAAUUUUCCUGUUUAACACUUUGCCAUCAUAUUUAGGGGAAAAUCCAAAGAAACUGGGUAGUAAACAUCGCCAAUCGGUGAGAUGAGGCGGCAAAGUGUUAAUGAUUGUACAUAACAUCAUAAUAGACAUGUGUACAAAGUUUCAUCCAAGCGACCCAUUUAUGUAAGGAAGAGAACUUUCUUUAGUAUACUAUAACUGAUCAUAUGAUGAGGUGUAGAAAUAGAUGAACAAUCGAAAUUCAUCAAAAUUGAAUAUUCAAUGAAAAUUCAAUUUUUGACCCCAUUUCCCACCCGCAUAUCCCCUUAAGGAAAUACUUUGUAGAAAUUCAAAUUCUAAAUGUAAAAUAAUACAGAAAAGACGCAUAAUGUAGGUACAACUGUUAAAAGAAGGAAACUUUUUCUCUCUUUCUCCUGAAACAUUUUCCUCACUGAGCUAAAAACAUUUGAAUAGCUUGCUGACGAUUUCUUUUUCCACCUCUGAAAACUGUAAUGCGAAUAUUGAUAGGCAAGAAAGAUGUUUGAAUGAACUAAUUUAUGUAUGUGCGUUUGUAGAAAAGGUUGUGAAAGAAAUUCAUGUGUGUUCAAGAAAGCUUUUCGAUUACUGCAUGCACGUGUAAGAAAAGUGUUCAAAUGAAUUUGUUUGUGUCAGAAAAUCUGAGAAAGUGUUUGCUUAAUCUAUAUAUGUAUGAGUGAAGGAGAGGAGCAAGAAGAAAAAACAAGGCAAGUUUAAAGAAAAAAUAAGAGAAAGAAUGAGAAACGAGAGAAAGAGACAGGCGGACUGAAGAAUUAUAUGCUGUGGAAAAAAAUCUCUCAGAUGUGAUUUAUUUACAAUGAUUUCCAUGAUUUGAGUUUUGCUACUCUGUUCUUUGGAAUACUUAAAUAACUUAUGCAGCAUUUUUUCAUAUAAACAGUCUAACAUGGUCAUAGAAAAAUUUCUAUAUUAUAACAAAAAGAGUUUUAGGCCCCUAUUUUUUGUUGUUAAUCUUGUAUAUAUUGAAUAUUCUUUGUAUUCAAAACACUUGCAUAGGAAAAUGUGUGCAUAACGAAAUGAUUUCUUAGUCCCACUGGUUUCACUGUGCGCAUGUUAGACUGUGAUGUAUUUACUUACAUCAUGUAAGUCUCCACAAAGUUUUUUGAGUUGACAGAAAUAGUGGUUGAACUAUCACUACUAUCAGAAAGAGUUUUAUUUUGUUCAUGCUUAUCUCACUCUAGUCAGACUUUUGACAAGAAUGAUUAUAGUAUGACUAAGAUACUGUGUUCAUCACAUUUAACUCAUUCUCCACUGCAUGUAGCAUUUUAAGGCUAGCGCGACUCGUGUUUUGCAGCUUUGAACCGGACUUCACUGUUCGGCAAAUUUGUAACUCACUUAAUCUGUUAUCGACAGAGCACAGGUCAACACAGCUGGAAGAAAUCGGUUGAAGAAAUUAUUGAUAUCAAGACGUGCCCCACUUUUUAAUAAUUUGGUCAGCAAUCUAACAGUCGGUUCCAACAGUUUGAGUAUUGAUUAUUAUUCGGUGAUGGACUACGAAAACUCUUGGGCAAAAUUUAUAAAUACAGUCGACUCUGCUUGUGUUCAUCUCGCUUGUGUUGAUCUUUGGUUAAGCUGAGUUUUCUCGGGUCCCAGCACCUUUUCUUCUUUACAGGUCCCAACGGUUAGGUUGAACUUCUGAUGAUUUGAUCUAUUUUUCCCUCCCCCGAGGACAUCAACUCUUCCAUAGUCGACUGUAAUAUUAAAUUUCACUCAUUGAGUGCCUUUCCACAAAGAAAGUGCUCAAUUCACUUAACAAUGGUACAAAGAAGAGGAGCAUCAUACUGUUCUAAAAAGUGAUUCUCUCUCUCUCUCUCUCUCUCUCUCUCUGUCUCUGUCUCUCUCUCUCUCUCUCUCUCUCCUCUUCCUCUCCCACUAUAAAUGAAUCUCUCAAUAAUAAUUAGUUUGAACUUGAACAAAAAGUUUUAUGAGAACAGCUCAGGGUCAUUUUGUCCAUACACGUUAUAUCUGUGGUGGUUUGACUUAUCCGGGGGGUUGUUUUUUUUGUUUGUCUGCUACCCCUGGGACUGUGCUCGGAUGUAGUAAGUAGGAUUUUGAAAGGAUGUUUAGCUAAUUUUCUUUAAAGAAUGUUCCCAUGCUCGUUCAUAUGGCCUUAUGCAGUUGCGAGCACCGUAAAACAAUUAUCAAAAACAAAAAAAUAAAAAGAUUGUUCUCAUUAAACUGAAAGUAAAACGAUCUUCCAGUUCAUUGCCUCAUAACUAUUUUGUUCAAAGUGCUUCUUUACUCAAGUACACUUUGGACAAAACAGUUCUGAGGCGCGGAGUUGUGUCUGUGUCAGUGGGGUGAAGGUUUACUAGUGGAGAACACACUACAUGUAAUGGUCUUGAACUGGGACAAUAAAUUUGUUUUCUUUAUAACCAUCCUAUGAAAUAAUCUACGCAAAACGUGAAGUGUGAAGACUACAAGGGAGAAGACUGUAGAGUCACAUUUAGGUGAUUUUGAGAAAUGUUAGGUAUCAAGUUUGGAAUGUGGGUGGGUGGCUGGCAGGUGCUUUCAUGUGGUCUGCUUCUCCUAUCAAUGAUCAAACAUCUAUUGCCCAUAUCUGUCCUACUUUAUUUCUUUAUAUGUUUAAACGUUACUGUCUAGUAUCCCUUCUAAUCUUCAGCACACCUAAUUGCAUUGCAAGUGCUGUAAAACUCUAAGCUAAACCAACAUUGUUUUAUAGUUUGGGAAUCUCAUAUCUUUAGGGUGUAAAAUUUUCCUCUUUUUUUGUUGUUGUUUUCUUUACAUGGACUCAGCCAUUUUUCUGCCUUGUGUGUAUGUUAUGUAUGACAGUAGUGUUAUAAACCCUUUCUCUUCCCCAUGGAAUAGAACUCUACAAAAAAGAGCUCAAAAUAAUUUAAAAUAAUGUGACUGCCAUUUUUUGUCCCCUUGUAGUCUUCGUGUAUGCAUUGAUCAUCAUAAUACAUUGUGGAGAUUUGUGGAAGGGGGAGUUGAGAAUGUUAGAGGAGGAGAAGAUGAUGCCAUCAAAUGCACACGUUUCGUGACAUGAAGAGCCUGGGGUGUCGCUACCCUAGAAUUGCAUCGUUUUAGCUGCUCAGUUCCUAGUUUUGAAAAGAAAUCGGACGUCAAAUAUUUUGAUUUUCACAGCAUGGUCAAGUUUUUUGGAAUGCAAUUGUUUGAAUAUCGUGAUAACGACUCUGAAUAAUCUUAAGAUUUUGUGAGAGCAGAUAAAACAUUUGGUUUCUUGGCUCAUGGUCUUAGUAACUCAAAACGGCCAAAAAUGUCAGAUAGAAUUUUGUAGUUCUGAGUUAGCGGCAGUGUGUUGUUGUGACAUUCAGAGCUUGCUUGACAUGUGUUGUUUACACACAUUCUUCUGUGACUGUGUGCCAGAAUUUGUACAGCUUUAUUUUAGUUUUAUUUAUUGUUUCUAAAAACACAUGUGUGCAUUGUUAUUAGAUCUGUCUGUAAAAAAGUGAGAUGUGUACAUAAUUUACAUAAAUGAAUAUACAUAAUAUAUAUAUAAAACAUUUUCUAUCUAAAUUGUGUGUCUUCAUGGUCCGCAUGGACCCAAACAAGUGAAAAUAAAAUCUUGACUUGAUAACAACAAA